GUCAAUGGGAAGGAUUUAUCCAGAGCAACACACGAGCAGGCAGUGGAAGCGUUCAAAACAGCCAAGGAGCCCAUUGUGGUGCAGGUCCUGAGGAGAACUCCACGCACCAAGGGCUGCUCUCCUCCCCACGAGUCUCAGCUGGUAGAUGUGGGCACGCAGACGGAUAUCACUUUUGAACACAUCAUGGCUCUAAGCAAGAUGGGCUCACCUACUCCACCUGUCUCUGUGCUAGACCCGUACCUCCUACCUGAAGACCAUCCAUCAGUGCACGAAUACUAUGACCCAAAUGACUACAUGGGAGGAAUUCAUCAAGAAAUGGACCGAGAUGAGUUGGAAUUAGAGGAAGUAGAUUUGCAUAGAGUGAACAGCCAGGACAAGCUUGGCCUUACUGUAUGUUACAGAACGGAUGAUGAAGAUGACAUGGGUAUUUAUGUGAGCGAGAUUGAUCCCAACAGUAUUGCUGCAAAAGACGGUCGGCUCCGAGAAGGGGAUCGUAUUAUCCAGAUCAAUGGCAUAGAGGUACAGAACCGAGAAGAAGCUGUGGCACUUCUCACCAGUGAAGAGAGCAAGAAUAUCUCCUUACUUGUUGCAAGACCAGAAAUUCAGCUGGAUGAAGGAUGGAUGGAUGAUGACAGAAAUGAUUUUCUGGAUGACUUGCACAUGGACAUGUUGGAGGAACAGCACCACCAGGCAAUGCAAUUUACUGCCAGCAUGCUUCAGCAGAAAAAGCAUGAGGAGGAUGGAGGUACCACAGAUACAGCCACGAUUUUAUCUAACCAGCACGAGAAGGACAGUGGCGUGGGGCGCACAGACGACAGCACUCGCAACGAUGAGAGCUCCGAGCAGGAAAACAACGUGGAUGAUCACACCACCACCUCCUCCAACACUUUAGGGAGCCAGAAGAAGCUGACCUACAGUCAUGACACCCUGGGAAGCGGCGAUAUGCAGUUCAGCAACGAAUCAUUUAUCUCGGCCGACUGCACGGACGUCGAUUUCCUUGGCAUCCCCGUAGACGAAUGCGAACGAUUCCGGGAACUGCUGGAACUGAAGUGCCAGGUGAAGUCUGCCAACCCUUACAGUCUGUAUUAUCAUAACAGCACGCUGGACAUCAGCAAAAGCGACCAAGAAAGUGUUGACAGAGAGCUGGAGAUGCUGAACGAGGAGCUGCGCAAUAUCGAGCUAGAAUGCCUGAAUAUUGUCAGAGCUCAUAAAAUGCAGCAGCUGAAGGAUCAGUACCGGGAGCCCUGGAUGCUGCACAACAGCGGGUUCCGCAACUACAACACGAGCAUCGACGUCCGCAGGCACGAGCUCUCAGACAUUACGGAGCUGCCCGAGAAGUCUGACAAGGAUAGCUCGAGCGCCUAUAACACAGGCGAGAGCUGCCGAAGCACACCACUCACACUGGAGAUUUCCCCUGACAACUCCCUGCGCAGAACUGCAGAAGGUGUUAACUGUCAAGGUAACGAGGGGGCAGUGGCAUAUAACGUCUCCCAAAAGAAUUUAUUUCCUAGCUCAGAAAGUCAUGAGUCCAGCAGUGGUAAAUGCCAUGCCUCUGCUAAAGAUCCCGACCUUGGCAAGCAGCUGGAAAGCAAGGAGAGAAAAGCCAGCGAUGGAAGCAAAAGCCCUACUCAUGGUCAAAAACCUUCUGGCUCCUACAUCUCCCCAUACCAUCACUCUCCAUACAAGCACGCUCAUAUUCCUGCCCACGCACAGCACUAUCAGAGCUACAUGCAGCUGAUCCAGCAGAAAUCCGCGGUGGAGUACGCACAGAGCCAGAUGAGUCUGGUCAGUAUGUGCAAAGACUUUAACUCGAGCCAGAGCGAACCCAGGAUGGAGUGGAAAGUCAAGGUCAGAAGCGAUGGGACCCGCUACAUCACCAAGAGGCCGGUCAGGGACAGGCUGCUGAGAGAACGUGCCAUAAAGAUUAAGGAGGAGCGCAGUGGGAUGACUACCGAUGAUGAUGCCAUAAGUGAGAUGAAGAUGGGCCGUUACUGGGGAUUUCGGAAGCAGCAUUUAGUGAAAGCGAAGGAGCAGAGGAGGCGGCGUGAGUUUAUGAUGCAGAGCAGGUUAGAUUGUUUAAAGGAACAGCAAGGUGCAGAAGAAAAGAGAGAGGUGAAUAUCAUUGAACUGAGCCACAAAAAAAUGAUGAAGAAGAGAAAUAAAAAAAUAUUUGACAAUUGGAUGACAAUCCAAGAACUGCUAACCCACGGGACAAAGUCACCGGACGGCACACGGGUGUACAAUUCCUUCCUGUCAGUGACUACUGUGUAACCGCCCGUGCUAAGUUAUGUACAUAAACACUACCAUUGGGUAGGAAUCGAUGCCUCGUUCAAUGUGGCAAGAGUUUUGUAUAUAAGAUACAGUCAGCGAGUUUAUAGUUCAAAUACUGAACUCUACAACUGGUGGGUGCCAGGAUCUCCAUUAUAAAGUGGAGAGGAAGCUUGCCCAUCUCCUUCAAAGGCAAUAUUAGCAGUGCUUUUUGGAAUACUGAUUGUACUUUUUUACUUGUUACCUUUUACAUGAAGUGUUUAAAUAUCAGAAAUGUAUUAACCAUACUUACACAGGUAAUUUGCUUAAACUAUAUUCAUAUUAAAAGGUACCCGUGCUUUUCUUUACCUAAAAAAAUGCAAAAAACCCACAAGAGCAACUGCACAUACGGUUUGUUUUUUUUUGUGAAACCAUAUUUUGUGUUAUUAUUUUGCUGUUGUUCACUUCUACACAAGAGUGCUGUUUAUCCACAUUUAGCUCAAGGUUUAAACUCAGAAUUAGUCUCAUUCUCUUGUAAUAUUUAACAUUUAUCAAACAGCAGUUUUUUUUAGAGUUAUGAUCAACAUUUAAACAUUUUUCUUUUUAAGGUUUCUGAAGUAUAUAAGUUUCAUCUGAAAAGCCUGAAGCAAAGUACAGUAUACUGCAGCUUUAAAGGAUUUUAAAGCAUGUUUGCAAAUGUUGCAACCUCUUGAAAAAAAAAAAUGUGCAUGUACAGCUAAUUUGUUUCUAUAAGACAAUUUGUGGAAUUUGAAAAGCCCAUGGUAGUAACUGUUUGCUUUAUAGGUUUGAAUGUAUUGAACUAUAAAAGCAGUUUCAUGAAAUCAUCAUUAGCUACAAACGUUAACAAGUAAAAUGAAGUAAAAUAAAUUAUUGUUUUAUAUUUCAAA